AUGUGUUAAGAAAGCUUGAAACCAACGUCUUUUUCUUUAAGUAAUCCUCAUAAGGUCUAAAUGAUGUAGAAAAUGAAGAGUGAAGAUACCCCAAAUGUAUAUCACUUAAUCAUGUAGAAUAUUAGAAAAUUGCAUAUAAAAUGGUAUUUAAUGCAUUAGUAAGGCUAAUUGUUCAGAUUAUAAAAUUAAAUAAAGUUGUAACUCUUAAGGCUAGGAUUGAAUCUGUGUUUGGAUUAACACAAACAGAGUUAUGUAAAUUGA